GGCUGCUCGUGCACCCGCGCAUUCAUUCUUGGUCCAUGUGGAUUGGGUCUGCCGAAACGCUCUCUCUCUCACCUCCAGACAUGGCAUUGCUUUGUUCUUCCUGUCACUAGAUUGAAAGAAGAAGACCCCUCUCUCUUUGUUUGACCACGUGAAUCGGAAGCGAGAGAGCGAGCGAGGAAUUGGUCCCGUGAAGAUCACAAGAGAGCAUUCCAAUCCCCAAUAAUUCCAUUCGUUUCGCCCUCUUUGCUUUUCGAUCGGAGAUCGCGCGCGCGCCAGUGAUGAUGGAUGAGGAAUCGGAGAACAGCAGCCGAUCGUCGCUGCCGUGGCCGGACAUGAGCGAUUUCGUGAUGCGCAAGGGGAAUCCAAGGCCACCGCUCACGCCCAUCACCUCAUUGGUCUCCAGCUUCCUUUGCUCGCCCACGGAAGACCACCAUCGCCGCUCGGAGAAUAGGGCUCCUCCGCCUCCUUCCAUGUCUUCCUCUCCUUCUUCUUCUUCCUCCAUAGCUUCUUCCUCCCAACCAGGGCGCUUGCUCUCAUCGGCUCCUUCUUCCUCCUCUUCAUCGUCGUCCUCAUCCUUCGCGGAGCGCCUGGCAGCCAGGAACAAUGCCGCCAGCGGAGACAAUCCAAAUGGGUGCCGAUCAAUCGAUCCAAUUUCCACCCCGGCGCGCUCCAACUGCUUCACCAUCCCCGCCGGGAUCGGCAUCAGCCCCUCGAGCUUGCUGCUCGACUCGCCAGUCCUCUUCAGCUCCGCCAAGCUCCAGGCAUCGUCGCCCACAACCGGGACACUCGUUUCCGCAUCGCAGGAAACUAAGAUGGAUCCAUCCAUGAACUCAAACUCCAACUCCAGCAACAGUAACUUUGUGUUCAAGCCAUUUGCGCAGCAGCAGCAACCUCCGUAUUUGGACUUUGCGCAGUUCCCGAUCCAAAUGUCCCACCAGCACCACCUGGCGAUCAAGCAGGAGAGCCAACUCCGCGACUCGACCGCUUUCAUGGAUCACCACCCGGACCAAAACUCAAACUCCCUCACGCGUUUGAUGGCCGAGGGCUUCGAUCACAGCGAGCAAGCCUUUGCAAGCUUCAAAGAGCCACAGCAUCACCAUCAGCAGCUUGAACACAUCACGCAGCAGCAGCAGCAGCAGCAGCAGCAGCAGCAGCAGCAUCAUCAGCCACUGCAGCAACAACAACAGCAGCAGCAGCAGCAGCAGCAAGAGAACUUUCCAGCUUUUGUGGAGCGGCCAUCCGAGGAUGGAUUCAACUGGAGAAAGUAUGGGCAGAAGCAAGUCAAGGGGAGCGAGUUCCCCCGAAGCUACUACAAGUGUACGCACCCGAGCUGCCCCGUGAAGAAGAAGGUGGAGAGAUCCUACGACGGCCAAGUCACGGAGAUUGUCUACAAAGGCGAGCACUGCCACGCCAAGCCGCAGCUCAGCCGCCGCUCCGCCUGCUCGAUCUACAAUAACAGCGUGAGCGCGGUGAGCUCCACCGCCGGCGCUGCCGUGAUCCCCGACGACGCCGCUGGGGAGGAUCAGCCGAGGAGCGGCGCCACCCCGCCGCCGCCGGUCGCUGCUGGCUACGAGCACUUGUCUCCAUGCUCCAGCUUGGACGACGAGAAGUUUGGCGAGGAUGUUUACGACGACGAGGAGAGCGAGUCCAAGAAAAGGAGAAUGGAUGGAUCGAACCAGGUGACGGCCAUCCAGAGAACAAUCCGCGAGCCUCGAGUUGUAGUCCAGACGCUGAGCGAGAUCGACAUUCUCGAUGAUGGUUACCGCUGGAGAAAGUAUGGGCAGAAAGUCGUCAAAGGCAAUCCACAUCCACGGAGCUACUACAAGUGCUCUAGCAGCGGCUGCGCCGUGCGCAAGCACGUCGAACGCGCCUCCAACGAUCCAAAGUCUGUUAUCACAACUUACGAAGGCAAGCACAACCACGAUGUUCCAGCUCCAAAGCACGCCGCCGCUGCCAAUAACAUCUCCGCUAACAACAGCACCACCAUCACCAACAACAAUGGCAGCAACGAUCAAACAAGCUUGCUCCAAACUUCGCCAUCUCUCCCUCACUUGGGGAUGAGAUCAUCCUCCACUUUACUCCCGCCGCUACCUCUGGAUCAACAAAACCACCACCACCACCACCAACACUCGCAGCAACAGGCGAUGAACCAGCACUUCCACCAGUUUAACGCCUCGUUUGGGAGCCUGGGCUCGCCAUCGUCGUGCGUGACGAACAUGUUCUCGAUGAACCGGGAGCUACCACCGGCGGCUCCGUCGUUUAACUUCGGCAGUAGCGCUAGCUCUAGUGAAAACUUCGGCUCGGGGUUUUACCACACAAGCCCGCCCCAAGAUCUAAGCAGCAUGGUCAUGUCGAGACCGCCAAAGCUGGAGCAGCAAGAACCCGAUCUCGACUUGGUUCACCAGCCGUUCCAGGGAUUCCUAGCUUCGCCUGGUUCCAUUCCAUAUCUACAAGUCUAGUAUACGAAAAAAAAAGAGAGAAUCGUCAGAACUAUCUAUGUACAUACAAAAGGUAAAAAACGAAAAACAAUAAGAAAGCUCGAAACUCUGCAUGGCA